ACAGCUCAAUCCAAACCCCUAAAGCGCACUGUCAGUUCCAUCUCGCUUCCUUUCUCCCUGACUCCGCGGCGUAUAUCCGAGGAGUUUCAGAUUUGUAUUGCCCGAUUUCUCUCUCGCUUGUCCGAUUCCUUAGAUCUUCCUUUCAAUCGCCUUCUUUUCGGCAACCAUGGCUGGAUUAGCACCUGAAGGCUCUCAGUUUGAUGGUAAACAAUACGAUGCAAAAAUGACUGAACUGCUUGGAACAGAAGGAGAUGACUUCUUCACGAGCUAUGAUGAGGUGUAUGAGAGUUUUGAUUCCAUGGGGCUGCAGGAAAAUCUUCUUAGGGGCAUCUACGCGUAUGGUUUUGAGAAGCCCUCUGCCAUUCAGCAAAGAGGGAUUGUUCCAUUCUGCAAGGGGCUUGAUGUCAUACAACAGGCUCAAUCUGGAACUGGGAAAACUGCCACCUUUUGCUCUGGAAUUCUGCAGCAGCUAGACUACAACAUAGUUGAAUGCCAAGCACUCGUUCUGGCACCCACACGUGAGCUUGCUCAACAAAUUGAGAAGGUCAUGAGAGCAUUGGGUGACUAUCUUGGUGUUAAGGUUCAUGCUUGUGUUGGAGGUACAAGUGUCCGUGAGGAUCAGCGUAUUCUCUCCAGUGGAGUUCAUGUUGUUGUUGGUACUCCUGGACGUGUGUUUGACAUGUUGAGAAGGCAGUCACUGCGCCCAGAUUACAUCAAAAUGUUUGUGUUGGAUGAAGCUGAUGAAAUGCUUUCUAGAGGGUUCAAAGAUCAGAUUUAUGAUAUUUUUCAGCUGCUGCCUCCUAAGAUCCAAGUUGGUGUCUUUUCUGCUACGAUGCCACCUGAGGCUCUUGAAAUCACCAGGAAAUUUAUGAAUAAGCCCGUUCGUAUUCUGGUGAAACGUGAUGAACUAACCCUUGAAGGUAUCAAGCAAUUCUAUGUCAACGUUGAGAAAGAGGAGUGGAAGCUUGAGACACUGUGUGAUCUCUAUGAGACUCUGGCCAUUACUCAGAGCGUCAUCUUUGUUAACACCAGGCGCAAGGUUGACUGGCUUACUGAUAAAAUGCGUAGUCGUGAUCAUACUGUUUCAGCCACCCAUGGUGACAUGGACCAGAACACAAGAGAUAUUAUCAUGCGCGAAUUCCGAUCUGGUUCCUCCAGAGUUCUUAUCACCACUGAUCUCCUGGCCAGAGGAAUCGAUGUUCAGCAAGUUUCCCUUGUUAUCAACUAUGAUCUGCCUACUCAGCCUGAGAACUAUCUGCACCGUAUCGGACGAAGUGGACGGUUUGGUAGGAAGGGUGUUGCCAUAAAUUUCGUGACCAAAGAUGACGACCGCAUGCUUAAUGACAUACAAAGAUUCUACAAUGUUACGAUUGAAGAACUUCCUGCCAAUGUUGCUGAUCUCCUCUGAGGUGGUUAGUGUGUUCCUUCUCUUCCUUAAAUAUAUAACUUAUUUACUUUGUAGGUUAGUUUAAUAUGUAAUGACUUGCUAAUUGGGAGGUCGAAUUCCCCGCCAUUACCGGAAGGGAGCUUACAUUUCCCAAUUCGUUUGCUGUGGUGAAACUAUGUUGCAAAAUUUUUGGUUUCUUGUUUUGUUUUGUUUGUUUCCUGUUGUAAUUGUCAAAAAUGACUGACUACAGCUUUGAAUGUUGUGGAAUUUAUGGAGUCUUAUUAUUAUUAUUAUCA